GGAAGUGGGUGGAGACCACACCUGGGGCCUGAGAGGACGCAGGUCUGUUAAAGGGCACAGGAGGUGGCUGGGUCCCUGGAGAGAUGCCUCCAGCAGGAGGACUGGAGCGGCUCAUGGACCUUUCUAGACCCAGCCAGUCUGCUGGCCUGCAUGAUCCGCCAGGCCUCCAGCCAAAUCUACAUCACCCCGGAUUCACUCAUUGGAGUGGAAAGAUAUUCAAGCUCACUGGCCAUUGAGAAUGUCCCUGAAGAUGUUCAGGAAUACAGCUGGCACCGGGGUGCAAAUGACACUGAGGAAAAUCUGAUUAUCAGCUACAACACCACAUCUCAUUCCAGGCGGGAUGGGCCCAUGUACAGCGGCCGGGAAAGUGUGUCCAUUAGAGGUACCCUGAGGAUCAGGAGGUCACAGUUAAAUGACACGGGGAACUACACAGUGAGGGUGGACACCAUCAAUGACACCCAGAGAGCAACUGGCUGGCUCGAGAUUCUAGAGUUGGAAAUCCCGCAAAUCUCAGUCAACACCACCUCCGUCGUAGAUGGCGAGGAUGCGGUGGCUGCCACUUGCUACACCAGUGACAGCCACGUCCAGUGGUAUGUGAAUUAUGUACCGGUGUCCGGCAACUACCGGAUGACCAUCUCCCCGGACAACAAGACCCUCGUCAUCCGAAUGUUCGGCCGCUUCGACUCACCACUUCAGUGCGGGAUAGAAAUUCUCCCAGAGCUCAUUCAGAAAAGUGACCUCAUCUAUGUGACAGUGGCCUAUGGGCCCUAUAGUCUGCUGCUCAGCAGUAGUCCCACUGACUUCAACGGCAUCCUGUCUGCUGAGAUUGGCUCCCAGGUGGAGAUGGAGUGCAUCUCCUAUUCCAGACCAGAAUCCAAGUACCGCUGGAUCCACAAUGGCUCCCUCCUGAGCUUCUCGGAGAAGAACAUCACCCUCCCGAGUCUGACCUGGGACCAGAUGGGCAGAUACAGGUGCAUCGCGGAGAACUCCGCCACCCAGGUCACCUUGUAUGAAGAAGUCCAUGUCCAGGCACCCUGGCAAAUCGGUCUAUAUGACUGUCCGCCUCGGACCUGGAGGAUAAAACCGGACAGGCAAGGAGACCCUGUGGGACCAUCAGAGAGGCUGCAAAGAUGCCCCAUUGCAGCAUCGCCAGUGACAGAGAGAUGGAACCACAGCGCAUGUCAGGUGAAUGUCAUGGUUAGAAACUUUGCUGGGCAACGAUACUCACUAGCGUGCGAAAUGUUCACAAUUUGAUGCCUAGUUAGAAACGCACAAUACAGACCUGCGUCUGAUAGGACCAUGUUGUGAAAAGUAUAGAUUAGUUAAUUGAUGUAGGUACAAUAUUACAGUAUGUAUACACACACACACAUAUGCUAUAUAUAUCCAGUGAGAUGGUUGGAUGGCAUCGUGGACUCAAUGGACAUGAGUUUGCACAAACUCUGAGAGACAGUGAAAGACAGGCGAGCCUGGCGUGCUGCAGUUCAUGGCACAAAGAGUGGGACACAACUUAGCAAGUGAACAACAAUGAUAUCCACAACAACAAUAUCCACAUAUAGAUAUACCAUAUAUAUCUCCAUAUAUGUAAAUAUCUGUGCACAAAUUGUAGAAGCUGUUAACUCUUAACGGUGCUGUCUAAAUUUUCCUUUUGCACUUUACUG